AUGGAUCAAGUCGAUAUGAUAAAUGAUGAAGAGUAAUCACCACUUCACAUUAAAAGAGAAUUAGAUAUUGAUAUACCAUAUAGAGUAGCAUUUCCAAUAUGUUACAAUUAAUAAUAGAAGGAUACUCCAAAAACAGCUAUGAGAACUAUUGAACAUCUUGAAAUUGAUGAAGUAUAAAUACAAACAGAAACUACUCCAAAAACUUAAAUUGAUAUAUCAUCUCCAAGAGUCCUCUUCUUAACUCAUUCAUAAAUUAUGGGAAUGAAUCAAGAAGAAGAUGAAGUGCCUUUUAACAGAUCUACAUUAAACUAUCCUCUUUCUGAAAUACCUGAAGAACUUACACCUAGUAAUUUACCUAAUGUACUUCAUUUGUUUAUAUACAAGUAAUCUAAAGUAUCAAAUCAAGAUGUUAUUAUUGAUAAUAUGAGUAUAGUAAAUAGUUAGUAGUUGAAAUUUAGUAAGAAAUCUUCUGAAACUAAUGUGAUAUCAAAUAAUAAUAUGGAUGGUAGCAAAUUGAAAGAAGAAGUAAAUUGAUCAUUAUAUAAUUAUAGUUAAAAGAAUAAAUAAGUAUUUUGGAAAGUAAAAUAUAAGAAUUAGAAAAAGAAAACUUUAUUCUUAAGAAAAGAUCUAAUUAAGAAAAAGUAAGAUUUAUAGAAUUGUAAAUGGAAACAGAAUAUAAAAUAGCUUAAUUGAAUGAAUAAUUACAAGAUUAAGAGAUUAAUUAUAAAAAAUAGAUUAACAUCCUUAAAAAUGAUCUCAAUAAUGCCAAAUUAUCAAUUAAUAUGUACAAAUAAUAGAUUCCACAUCAUGAUAAUCAAGGGUUAUAAUUGUCAUAAUCAUAAAUUCAAUUCCCAUAAUCAUAAAUUUAAUAUCCAUAUAAUCCAUCUUAAUAAUAAAAUUAUUAAUAUUAUAAUAAAUAAUAAUUAACCUUAUCUUAAUCAUUUAAUGAAUAAUUAAACAAAAAUACAAAAGAUCUAUGUCUUACUUAAAUAUAGUAUGAAAUUAUUUAUUCUAAAUUAAUUAAAAUUAUUAAGAAGAUUGAUUAAUAGAUUGAAAUAAAUAAAAUUGAUUUAUUUGAUCUUUUAUAAAUAUUAGAAGAAAAAGUUAAAUAGAUAGUAAAUAUUGAUGAAGAAGAAAAAAUGGAUGAACAUCGAACAUUGUUAUCUACAUUAAAAACUGAAUUGGGAUAAAUUAAAUAAAUUAGAGGUUAAUUAUCUAGAAUAUUUAAUGAUAAUAAUUAAUUUAUUCAUAAGAGAAAUAAUGAUAAUUAAAAUGAUUAAAGGAUUAAUGAAUUGAAUCUCUAAAUCUUAGGAAUUAAAUAAGAAAAAUUAGAAUUAUUUGAAUUAAACUAAAAAUAAUAAAAUUAAAUUAAUUAACAGAAUUAAAUUAUUAUUGAAUUGUAAUCAAAAUUAAGUAAGAUUUCUAUUAUCAAAAUUAGAUAAUUCAUCAUAAACAGAUACUUAAAGAAUCUAAUCUUAAUUUAUUCGUUAACUCUAAACAAAUUCUAUGUCUGAUAUUAAAAAUAUUAAAGAAUAAGUUAAAUAAAGAUAAGAUAGUAUCAAGUAAUAAUAAUAUAUAUAAAAAAUUAUUAGAAAAAAUUUUAAAUCCCAAAACUCUCCUUAAAGUAGAUCUGAGAAUGCUUCACCAUAAUUAAAAUUCCUAAAUUCUCCUAAGUAUAUAUAUAUAUAUUAUUAGAAAUUCGAAACAUUCUUCCACUUAUUAAAAAUAAUAAUCAAUUGAUAAAAAAUAUUAAUUCUAUAAUCGAACAUCUGACUUUAGUGUUGAUAAUAAUAAUAAUUCAAUUCAUUAACCAACUAAUAUUAAUAAUAGUAUGCAUUUAAGUGGUGAAAUUAUUUAAAAAUUAGUUGAUCAAUUCAAAGGAAAUUCGAUAUUAGCAUAGAAAAUCUAAGGAUAUUCAAAAAAGAAUUGA